AAAUUGCUAUUUUUGGGCACCCUGUGUGCAAUCCAAGAUGGCGUACCGACAUGUCGUUAAGAAGCCAAGAUUGCAGUCUCGUAUUUUCCUUACAAACUGGUUUAUGAAGAUAGUGCGGCCCGGGAGAGAGCUGGAGAGUAAUGUUGUGCAAUUUCAUGUCCCGAUGGACAUGUCAAAGAUUGAUGUGAAAAACUAUUUAAAAAGCAUCUAUCAAGUUGAUGUUGCAAGAGUGAAUACUAGAAUACAACAAGGUAAAACAAAGAUGAUUCAAAAGGGUGAUAAAUUAGUGAAGAAGAAAUUUCCUGACUACAAAGUGGCCUAUGUGACACUGGCUGAUGGCACAUUCAAGUUUCCCGAUUUAUUUCCCAAAAGAGUACAAGCAGAAAAAACACAAGAGAUCCCACAACAAAGUACCAAAGAACAGGAGGCCCCAAGCCAAGACAUGAAGUGGUUUUAGUACCAAAUCUAUGGACAUAUUUAUUUGGUGCAAUCGGCUGGAAGCUAAAAUUUAACAAACAACAGCUGUUACUUUUAUAUUAUUUUCUGUCAACAGUGAUUGAACUGUCUGCUCUGAUACACCUAUUUCAAAUAAGGUUGCACUCGGGAAAUGUGUGUAUCGUAACCCGUAGUGCUUCAUGGGUAUCAAGUAAAUAAGCAAAUAAUUGUAAGUAAAAUACAAAUCUAGGUUUAGGGAAUCUAGGGAGCUGCAGAAUUCAUGUUUACAUUUUUAAGAACAUUCACAUAGCUUUGAGAUACAAGGAUUCAGCCUGUUAUACGCUACCCAUGAACCACCGUGGGUUACGACACAUGGGUUCUCGAGUGCAACUUUAUUUGAAAUAGGCAUAUAUAAUUUAAUGUUUCAUGGGAAGCUCUUUCAACUGCAGAUGAUGAGAAGACGGUUAUCAAAUAAUGCCGUUGCCACCAUUGUCAAAGUGGAAGUUAGCUAAUUAGGUCGCAAGAAUCACUGGAUUAAGUUGAUAACUUGGAAAUGUCCAUCAUAUUCUGCAGGUGCAGACGCAGGGGGGUGCACAGGGUGCGCGAUCACCCUCUCCCCCCCCCCCAAAAAAAAAGUUGGUCUUCAAAUACAAUGCUCUUUCCAUAUACCUAUGACUGUGCACCCCCAUCAGCCAAUCCUGGGCACGCACCUGUUCUGAUGUGCAUUGAAUCAUCCUUUGCCACACCAGUUAUUUAAGUUCAUUUUAAUCAGACAGUGCACUCCUUAAAACAUUGUGACACUGUUAGUUGUGGAUAUUGUUCUCGUGUUUAUGGUUAAUAUUGUGAAACAAUAACAACGACGGUGUUGGUGAUAAUGGUUCUUUUAAUAAAAAGUUUAAUCCACA